UAGAGCGCCGACCAAAACACUACUGCUGGUGUAGCCAAGCAGAGGGGGAAAAGUGACCAAGUACAACAUCAUGGCGCCAGGACGCAUCUCGGCCGCUGCGCUGCUUGUUCUCGCGCAGCACCUCCAUGUCGACGCCUUCAGCGUGAACGGGUUCGCCGGAGCUUCGGUGCGACCACAGCAGACAAGGACGGCCUCUUCGGCGGCCCCCAGCAUGGUGGCCGCCGCUCCUCCCUCCGGCAAGCCCAUGACCAAGGAGAUGCAGCGAAAGAUGGAGCGCCUGGAGCAGGAGCGGAUCCGCAAGUACGUGAACCCCCCGGAGGCCUACGCCGACCAGCCCCUCUCGACCCCUACGAGCGAGCACCUCAUUGGGGAGGAGAUGGUCAAGGACGACGCUACCGCAAGCGCGCUCGCGGACAAGUGCAUCCUCGAGGCCGAGCGCCUGUUCGCUUCGGACGAGGGCUGGACCAAGGUGCUGGAAGACGACGGCAUCUUCGUGGAGACCAAGGACGUGGCCGGGCCGUACCUCAAGUCCGGGGUGAGGGUGGUCAGGGGGCUGGGCGCGAUCAACGCGGACUGCGACGACUUCUACAACUUCCAGGUCUCUCGCGAGGGCUUCCAGUCGAUCGAUGAGUACCUUGAGAACCACCGCAACGUGGAGCGCCACGAGUGGGUAACGCAGCCGCAGUACGAGAACAUGAAGGACUACGAGCUCAUGACGAACCGCGUGGAGUGGGCGUACCCGACCCAGACCCGCGAGUUCGUGGCGCUAGACAUCAUCGACCGACCGCGCAAGAUCCUCAUCUCCAAGAGCGCUCUGCACCCGGACAGGCCGGGGGGAAGCCGCUACCAGACCGAGGUGCCGCUCGACGAGACGGACUACGUCCGCGCUGUGCAGUACUACGCCUCCAAGGUGGAGCCGCUGCCGGAUGGCAAGUGCCUGCUGCGCAUGGUGACCUGGGGGGAGAUGUGCGACAGCUACACGGCGUUCUGGAUCAACAAGUUCAACGCGCACGUGUUCAUCACCCCCAAGUACAAGCGGUUCCGCCGUGUCAUGGAGGACGGGGAGGAGGUGUUCGAGCUCAGCAACAUCGUGAACGAGGCCUGGAAGCUUCCCAAGCUGCUCAUGAUCAAGCCCGACCACUCGGUCGCCAAGGGGUCCAACUUCGUGGACAACCUUCGCAACCAGGGCAUUGAGGCAGCGGCAGCGAAGAAGGCAGCCAAGGCGGCAGAAAAGGAAAAGGCUGAGGCAUGAAGAUAUUAAAAUCUUCAACAUUGAGACCCCGUUUUUUUCUGUUUUUGGAGGAAGCAAAAGGAUGGGUGUUUUUGUGCGGAUUGUCUCCCAGCGUCACAUACCGUGUCCUCUCCGGCUUGUUGGGAGGGUUUGCGCACGGGCGCUGUCAGUCUGUGCCACCAACCUCGGCAUUUUGGCUGACGCAGCACAGGUGUACGCUGCCAUGGGCAAGAUGCUCCUACCUUUUGCGUUGGUUACUCUGGCAAGGAGAGCUGUAAGAAGUUGUUAUCAUUGACAAGAAUUCAGUGAUACUGCGGCCAGGUUUUGUUUCUCUGUUCUCGUGUGACUGCGGGCAUGUGUGGAUGCUGGGCUGACGGUACUGGUGUGUUUAUAGAAAAAAGUAACCGUUUUUUGUAGAAUGAAAAUCGAGCGCUCCUUGCUUGCCGCUGGCGGCUGUCUCCCUUCCCACCCUUCACCUGGCGUUGUAUGCUUACUGGUACAAUACAGCCCUUGCUGAUGAUGGUUGGUCGGCGACAUGGGUGGGGAAAUCACCUGAAGUUGCCGCCGUGAAAAGGCCAACAGCGUUGCCAAUUUGGUUUGUCUGGACUUUUAGAUCAAUUUUGCCGUCGCAUGUUGUCCGUGGUGCGGGAAAAUAGAGGGGUGUGUCGACGUCAGGGCUGGCUAGCAGUAUUAGCCCCAACAGAUGCACUACCGUUCUUGUGGAUGUUGAGCAGGGUCCCAUGCCUAUCCUGUGGUCGUGUGAGUAGAGGCUACACAGAUCGCAUGA